AUGCGCUGUAUCAAGAACAAGAUUGAGCACAAUGGCUCCGGCUCAGUGACAUUGUGCCCAGUAGAGCCAGAAGAUAUGUGGCACGCAUAUAACCUAAUCCGACCAGGCGAUAUUCUCCGCGCAAGCGCAAUCCGCCGAGUGACCACAGUGCAAGAUACCGGGUCCACAAGCUCAGCGCGCGUCCACCUGAACCUCGUCAUCCGCGUGAAGAAUCUCGACUUUGACCCGCAGAGCUCUCAGCUCCAUGUCUCCGGACAGAUCAUCAACGAAACACCGCACACAAAGAUCGGACAAUUCCACACCCUCGAUUUAGAGCUGAACCGCAAUUUCACGUUAGAAAAAGAAGCUGGUGCAGAUGGAGAAGGUGCCGGAUGGGACAGCAUUGCGAUUGAGUCACUCAAGGACGCUGUCGAUGAGGGUGGCAAGCGUCGUGCGGAGGCCGUAGCAGUCGUUAUGCAGGAGGGAUUGGCUCAUAUCUGUUUUAUUGGUCAGUUCCAGACGAUAAUGAAGCAGAAGGUUGAGAUGUCUGUACCUCGGAAACGGCAAGGAGGAGGUGACCAUGAUAAAGGAAUGAACAAAUUUUACAAAACUACUCUCGAGACCCUACUUCGCCAAAUGGAGUUCAAUACCAGUCUCACGUCAGGCGCCAGCAACGAACCCGUACGACCAGUUCUUCUCGCCUCACCCGGCUUUGUCGCUUCUGGUUUCCAGAAGUAUAUCCAAGCCGAAGCAUCAACAACAGCUCCCGGUCUUAAGAGACUGCUCCCCAGUCUCGCGGUUGUGCAUUCCGCAUCUGGGUACACAAAUUCGCUAUCGGAGGUCUUGCAGUCGCCCGCCGUCAAGACCCUCUUGGCUGAUACCAAGUACGCCCGGGAGACCAAGUUGAUGGAUGACUUUAUGGAGCAAUUGCGCAAGGAAACCAACAAAGCAACCUAUGGACCCCGUGAGGUUGAGUCUGCGGUUGAACAGGGGGCUGUUGGGCGGGGUGGCGGAGUGCUGAUUGUUUCGAAUCGGUUGUUCCGGUCACAAGAUAUCGCUGAGCGGAAACGCUGGGUGGGGCUUGUAGAUCGUGUUCGUGAUGUUGAGGGUGGUGAGGUGCGGAUUCUUAGCUCGGAUCAUGAAAGUGGGAGGCGUCUUGAGGGUCUGGGUGGCAUUGCUGCUCUUUUGACAUUCCCUGUUCUUGAGGAGGAUUUUGAUUCUGAUGCUGAAUAG